AUGCGGGACUGUGCUGCCUGCGGCGGGGAUAUGCCGGGGCGGGUCUCCACCAGGGGCCUCACCCGCUCCGUGGCUCAUAGACUAAAAUAUUACAUUGAGGUGCAAAGAAAAGAAGAUAGUUUUGAUUUAUCAGGAGCUAGCAGGAAUGAGGCUGAAAGUUCCAGUUUCUAUAUGCAUCCUGGAAGCAUUGCUGAACAAAAAUAUGAUCAGUGUCUCAAGCAUAAUUUUACAGAUUGUAAAUUCGAAGCAUCUCUUCGAAUGUAUACAGGAAAUUCUGAAGAAUGUGAAAGAAAAUUACAGAGCAGCCCAGAAAGACAACAGGAAAUGAAGAUCAUCAAAAAGAAAAUGGCACAAGAUGUUUUAACUGACAGACCUUUCCCGGUCUUAGUAAGGAGUACAAAAAGAACAAAGAAGUUGCACAGCUUCCCUUCCAGACUAUCUCAAUUUCCUCCUCCCCCAUACACAUCACAAGAAGAAGUCAUGAGGCUCAUUUCAUCAGCUUCAAAGCUAAUUGUUGCGGCGACUUGUGAAAUCUCUUCGGAGGAAAUAAAGAAGCCAGACUGUGCCUCACCCCAGAAGAGGAAAGAAGCUAAAAAUAGUCAAAGAUUGGACCACUACUACAAGCAGCGUGCACCUCCUCUUGUGAUCUCUCCAGAUCCCCAUGAAUAUGAAGCUAAGAGUACACGGGAAACGAACAAAUUAGAAGAAUCAAAUGCUGACUUUAUCCAAGAAAAUUCAAGGAAUGAUUAUGGGAAAAAUAUGAAGAAAGGCAAGAAAGAAAAAAACAUUAGAAAUGUAAAUGGACAGUUCAGAGUUGAGAGAUCAUCUAACAUUUCCAGUAACUCGUCUAAACAUAGGAGUGUACUUUCUAAAACUUCUACAAGAGCAAAUGAUUUAAAUUCAUUGUACUUAAGUACCAUAUCUCCAUAUGCACAAGGAACUGGCAGAAGUAAAGGUCCUAAAAAAAAUGUGCUUAAUGAAGGAGAGUCCUCUGCCUUGUGCAGCUCUUCAGUGAUGUCUGAAUGCCAAGAUACAGAGCCAAGUACUGGCCGUAUAUCAGGCUUGACAAGUUUUGCUCACUCUCAGAAAAAUGAAUGCAUCUCUGGGUGGCUCUGUAAGUCAUCUGAAUUCAAAAGGCAAAAGUCACCCCAAAUGCCUAGUAGAAAGCAUUCAGGCAUCAGAGUUAGUAAGUCUAGCAAGCUUUCACAGAGAAGGCCAAUGGAGAACUCCAGGAAUAUGCCACUACAUCAAAAAGAAAGAAAAAAUAAUGAAGGAAACAGGGAAUUAAAUGAGAAAAUAAUUCAUACUAUUUCCACAAAUGCACAAACCCCAAUCAUAAAUGAAAACACGGGAGAACAAACAGCUUCUGUUGUGGCUCUUAAAUGUGGCAUUCACCACAGCCAAAAUACCACAUGUAACAGCCUUCAUCUGAGACCUCAAAGUAACCAGCACCAAAAAAAGAAGAAAGAUUUGUGUGAAUUAGCUACAGGAAAAAACACCAAAUCCCAUAAGGUCCGUUUCCAAGGUCCAUUGCAGUUUUCCAGAAAUACUGAACAGAAAUGUAACUGUGUAAACUUGAAUAGUUGUAACAUAACAAGUGACUAUGGAAUUCAAACCAUUGCUUCAGAAAGUAAAUCUUUAGGGACUGUGACACAUCUUCCAGAGAAUGAAAAUGAAGAACACCUUUCUAGGGUCACACUUGGAGCACCUUCCUUUCUACAUCAAGUUUUCCUGGAAAUGGAGCAAGAUGCAUCACCUACUUCAACUGCAUCUGAGCCUAAAGAUCUGGACAGCAGUUUAGAAAACAAAAGUAUACAACAAUUAUGUAACCAGUGUUUCAUCCUUAAUGAAUCCACAGGAGACACGAAGGUUCAGGAUACUAUCAGUAACGUACAUACAAGUGACAUUAUUUUAACAGACCCAUGUGAUUGGCAAAUGGCACAUAUCCCACAGAAGGCUCAGUGUUGUUGCACCUGUUCAGAAGAACAACGUAACUUUAUAGCUGAAACAUCUGAUGAAGAACAAGACAGUUUCUCAGAUUCAUCUGUGACAGUAACAAGUAUUUUAGGUGCAUUAGAAAACCAACAGUCAGAAGAGGAGUUCACUAUAUCAUCUGUAUCUGAUAGCCUGAGUCUUGGAUCAUUAUAUGAUGUGCAUGAACAGAUGGAAGAAAACAUUUGUGUUGACCUAAAAGAGGAGGAAAACUCUGACUCCAGCGUAGGCCAUCUUUAUCAAAGAGUUCUAGAGGAAAUGCAGAAGAUUAGCACCUCUGAGAGGCUCUUUCAGACAAACUCUUUCCAUUUGAGGUAUUAAUAUUUAUUCUACCUGAAAAGAACCAGAAUAGGCUUUUAGUUUCCAUUUCAGGGAUCCACAUC